ACGCUCCCCUCAGGUUCAAGUUGAAACUUCAAGGGCAGGUUAGAGCUGAAGGCAGUGUGAGGUAGCUAACGUCUCUGGGCAGUGUGAAAUACAAGAAGAAGUAAGAGCAUGUUGAGCAGAAUUGGACAUGUUCGCAGGUGUGCAGCAGGCUUGAAUCCCCUGCUGGGCAUUUUGGCCUCCAGACAGAAGCACACACUUCCAGAUCUGCCUUAUGACUACGGUGCACUAGAACCUCACAUCUCGGCUGAGAUCAUGCAGCUUCACCACAGCAAGCACCAUGCAACAUAUGUCAACAACCUUAAUGUUACUGAAGAGAAAUAUCAAGAGGCUCUGGCCAAAGGUGAUGUAACAACACAAGUGGCCCUUCAGGCAGCGCUGAGGUUUAAUGGCGGUGGUCACAUCAACCACACCAUCUUCUGGACAAACUUGUCUCCAAAUGGUGGAGGAGAACCACAGGGUGAGUUGAUGGAGGUCAUUAAGCGUGACUUUGGCUCAUUUCAGAAGAUGAAGGAGAAGAUGUCUUCUGCCACUGUGGCGGUUCAAGGAUCGGGGUGGGGAUGGCUGGGCUUCGAUAAGGAGAAUGGGAGGCUGAGAAUUGCUGCGUGUGCAAACCAAGAUCCUCUGCAGGGAACCACUGGCCUCAUCCCACUGCUUGGCAUUGAUGUCUGGGAACAUGCAUACUAUCUUCAGUACAAAAACGUCAGACCCGACUACGUUAAAGCCAUAUGGAACAUUAUAAACUGGGAGAAUGUUAAUGAGCGCUUUCAAGCUGCCAAGAAGUAAAACCAUCACAUCUCUAAAGAUAAUACAGCCUUCUUCAAAACGCACAAACACACCACAUAAUAAAUGUCAAAUUCUAUAACCGCUAGUACAAGAAGAAGAGAUGUGAUAAAAAGUUUUUGUCAAUACCAGGGCUGUUUGUCAGAAUAUCUCAGACUCUCGUCACUAAAAUAAUGCAAGUUUGUUUUCAUUAUGUGUAAUUAAACCAUUAUUUAAACCAA